GUCCAUAAAGCCGGGGUAUAUAUAAACCCACUAAACCCAUGAACGCUCGUAGUUAGGGUUUCAUUUUCCCGUGAAGCUAAGAGAGAGCCGCCGUUGCAGAACUCACAGAACACAGCAAUGGCGAGAAUCAAGGUACACGAGCUGAGGCAGAAAACAAAGGCUGAGCUUUUGAACCAGCUCAAGGAUCUCAAGGCAGAGCUUGCCCUUCUUCGCGUGGCCAAGGUCACUGGUGGAGCACCCAAUAAGCUCUCCAAGAUCAAGGUUGUGAGGCUAUCGAUCGCCCAAGUGUUGACUGUGAUAUCACAGAAGCAAAAGUCUGCCCUGAGAGAAGUGUACAAGAACAAGAAGUUCUUGCCUCUUGAUCUGCGUCCCAAGAAGACCAGAGCUAUCCGCCGAAGGCUCACCAAGCACCAGGCAUCUUUGAAGACCGAGAGGGAGAAGAAGAAGGAAAUGUAUUAUCCCUUGAGGAAGUAUGCCAUUAAGGCAUAGAGUGUUGGAUCAAUUACGUUAGAUCAUCUUGGUACCUUGCUGUAAUAGAAUCCUUUUGUUCACAAGUUUUGGAUUUACUUUUGAUUAAGAAAUUAGACCUGAGAUUUUGAUGUUUAAUUUUUCUUGUCUGGGUUUUGGGGAGGCAUGUCUUGCCCAAAUCAACUUAAUUUUCUUCGGGUGCAAUGAUAGUUAAGAUUCUGUUCAUGUUUGAUAAAUGAAUUGAGCUCAUUAUUCCCUGCUUA